AGUAGUCGGCGGAAGUUUGCGCUGAGAAGUUGCUUUCUCCGUACGUACCUCGCGGAAUCGUAUCAGUGCUCGCUCCACUAGCUCAGAUUGAUCUAGCUGUGCGACAGUUUUUUUGUUUUCUUUUUUUUUCUUGGGUUUGGUUUUGUGGUGCGCGUUUCGAUGUGUACCGUCAGAAUUUCGAGUGAUUUUCUUUUUCUAUGAGAGCAGUACCAUGCGACGGAUUCAGAAUUAGUGAAAGGCACACGCCAGAAUGAAGUUUGCCAAGGCGGUUCCAAUUACUUUGAGCUUUUCAUUGAGGAUCCAUGAAAGAUAACAAAGAUUUGCAAAAAUGAAGUACGCUAAGGUGGCAUUAUUCACAUUUAACUUGUUAAUAUGGUUGACAGGUUGCACAGUGAUGGUGGUUGGAGUAUGGCUAUUAAUGGAACCGGGCAAGGGCCAUCUGCUGAAUUUGUUUGCACCGGACGAGGCCCCCCACGAGACUGUAUACAUAGUGGCCUAUGGCCUUGUCGGCCUCGGAGUCGCUGUGCUUGUUGUUGGCUUCUUUGGCUGCCGUGCAGUUAUGCAGACAACGAAGUGCUCCCUCGCAACUGCAGACAACAAAACAUCUCGAUCAGUCAGAAUUUUUCCGAUUUCUUCCAUGGAACCACAAAAAAAAUUUUUUUACGAUUGGCUCCUUCCAAAUACUACGAGUACAUGAGUCUGCUGAUAACGCUAAUAGUCGCCGAAAUAGCGACGGCAGCGGUACUCGGCUUCAUGGCUUAUAAAGCACUCACUGGCCUUGAGUCUCGAUUGAUUGAGCGACUGUCGAACCACUACGGCCACGACUCUAGCAGCAGUGACGUGGGGUUCAGCCAUAGCUUGGACUUUGCUCAGUACAAGUUCAACUGCUGUGGAAUUUAUAAGGAUACCGACUUCAACGGCACCCAAUGGUGGCGCGACAGUCUCGCUUCCGGCACGAGGAAACAGGUGCCACUCACGUGCUGUGUUCUCAAGGAUACCGAAGCGAAGAAUACAGGAAGCCCGAUGAGCGUUAUCUCAAGGGUGUUCUACAAAAACAAUGAGAAGCCGUGGCUCUAUCCUCGGCCAAAGGACGAGAAUGCUUGCCAAGCGCAAGAAGUCACUGUGCACACUGGCUUCAGGCAUAAAGACGGAUGUCUGGAAAAAAUCAGGACCUGGUUCCACGACGAGAGCUUCACACUUAUAGUAUUUGCGUUGACGAUAGUCGGCGCACAGAUUUUUGGCAUCGUCGUGUCAAGCUGCCUCUGCAAGGCAGCUAGUAACGAGCCGCCGAAUGGAUAGCAUAACCGUCGUGCCAGUCGCAGCAGCGGCGGCACUGUUAGACGCGACAUGCGGCAGAGUAGCGUGAGGUAGGCAAAGCUUUCCUAUGAGUGCGAUCCUUACGCCUAAACAGUCUUGCCGAUUGAUGAGUCGAUUCAUUGAGAAUGGCUAGCAGUUGAUACGAGUAUCAUAUCAUUGUCGGAAACUUUUUCGCGAGAUCGUGCACUCAGGUAUGUAAAAUACCAUAAGAAAUAACAUCAGGAUUGAUUGCGGUCAGCCAAAAAUAUUAUAUUUGCUAGAUCAACAUAUUUCUAUUACUUUGCUUGACAGAAGGGAUCUUUUGUAAAUUGUCAGUCCAUUCAGGAACUCAGGGCCUUGCAGUUUGAUUAACUCUUGCAAUUGAAUUGUGUAAAUAAGAUAUAUUAAUAUGGCUUUUGCGAAAAAUGUAUGUGAAGAAAUACACACGCGAAUGCAAUACAUAAGCAAAUAUAAAAACAGAAAAUAAACACAAAUAUUGACAUAUAAUAAUUUUGAAAGUACAAAUGUUAUUAAUUGCUUUAUAAACGAGUUAAUUUUCAUAACUUUUUAACGGUUUUUAAAAAGACAAUGGGCAAAUUUGCGAGAUAAUUUUUCUUAUUACAAACCUAUUAGAAGAAAAAUUGAAGACUUUGCAUGUAUUCAAUGGCACCGAAGUCUGCUGUUCAUUAGAUUAUUACGGUAACACUAACUUUAUAGAUCUAAUCGUUUCCAUGGAAUGUUCAAAUGCGUGUGUAAAUCGGUGUACAUUCAAUUAAAGGUGAGUUUUUGAAUGUAGUCUACAAGACGGACGAUUGUUCUCAGUUCAUCAAAUUGGGGUAAUCUGAAAAGUUUCACAGAGGCAAUGAACGCGAUGAAUAUACAAAAGAGCACGUGCGUACUUUGCUCUAAAGCUGAGGAGUUGAAUGCAGUAUCGAACGUGUCCCAGUAGCGUGUGUACAUCUCUACGUACCACUCAACAAUGAUGUUUAAGCUGCGUCUAUUCGGUUGCUUCAGAAACAUGUACUUUUAUAGGAGAAGACAACUAUUUUGCCACUGAAUAACAAUAGUACAAAGUUUUAAAAAGCAACAUGUAAUUAUGCGAUUUUAUCAUUACGUUCGAUAUUCGGUUUGUCUCCGCGGAACAAUUAUUCUUCACAUUUUUAAUCACACAAAGCAGCCCAUGAUCAUCCAAACGUAGUGGUCAACUUUGCUGGAGCUUAUCAGCGUUACGUGAUGAGAAAAAAACCAACUUGGAAUAUGCCCGAAUGGAUUGUAUCGAAAAAUUCUAAAUGCUUAGGCAUAUUUCAUAUUUAAUACAAUGUUACGUGUGAUUUUCACCAUGUAAACAACAUCAAUCCACUUAAAAAAGUAGUCUAAAGUUUUGAUGGGACGGAUCUGUUCCUAUAUAUUUUCGACAAUUAAUUCAAAUCUGACAAUAAAUAAAUCGAUGGACCCAUGUUACAUUUUUUAAGAAAAAUGCAAAGAACACGAUAUUUUUACACGAUGUUUUCGUAGUAUUUUUUUCAUUUUUUAUGGAAAUUAAGGGACAAUAGCGUUAGUUGGCUCCAUUCCAUGCUAUGGAAUUUUAGAUACUGGUACAAAAUUAAACUAAAAUACGAUUUUCAAUGUCUUUCGUAGUAUUCUAAUUUGAAGCUAUUUACAUAAACCUAUCUCCUUUUUUUUAUGAAAAUCAUUAAAAACAAUCAUAAAAGGUCCACGAACGAAAGAUGUUUUCGUUCAUUAAAUUUUAUGUCGGAUUUGGACUUUGCCUCGCAAAAUACACAAAAAUAGAAUUCGCCUUGACAAAAGUUAAGACUACUUAUUUAUGGGCCUAUGUAUUCCAAUGAUAUCUCUGUACGAUGCUAUAAAAAAACGAAGGAAAAUCAAGUGUAGGUAAUUUUUUAUUAUUUUUUACUGAUACAAUAUGUACAAGAAAUGAAAAAUUCCCAAAAUUAUACGAAUACUCACUAUGUACUCAACGACAAUAUUUUAUAAAGACAACCGAACGAAAUUUCACCUACAUUUCAAAUUUUACCGAUAACCUCUUAAGGUUAGGAAACAUUAAAAUUACAAAGAAAACUUAUUGAAUAUCAUUGCGAAUAUUUGUAAAAAUCUAAACGUUAAUAUGAAUUGGACGCGUGGAAUUUUAUGUAAAUAGAAAUGCAAUGAACUGUUAAUUAAUUAAUAACGAUAGGAAUAUAAAAAAUAAUAAAAUGAUAUAUAUUUUGGACUGUUUGAUUUAUAGGCAAACAUUUUAUCUUUGCUGAAAGAAACUUGGAAUACAAUAAGACGUAUGAUAUUGAACAUAGAUAUAAGUACAUAGUAUUUUCUUAGUAAAAUUACGAUGUUGGAUGCGCUAACCUCUACGUUAGUCCAUUUAUCGGAAGAUGUAACAUUCUUUGUAAUAUUAUGCAUAGGGAACCAGCUAUAUCCAGUGUGUUUAAACCUCAAUACUCUAAUCAUUUGAUUUUCUGAGCGUAGGAUGUCAUUUACAAUUCGGAAUUUUGUGUGCCUCAAAAACUCGAAUGUUCGCAGAAGUUUCAAAUGAACAAGCUCAGUUGAAAUAAAAGUAAAGUAAAUACAUGUGAUUGACAGUCGAAUUACUGAAAGAUAAUGAAUAAAAAUAGAGCACUUAUACUAUUUAAAAUAAUGCGUGAUUCUGAACUAAUUUGUUAAAUGAAUAGAAAUUGACUACAAGUGAAAUACCAAUAUUGACGCGCCGACUCACUGUUGAAUAUUAAAAACAAAUGAAUAGUAGAGAGCUGAAAAAGAAUUGAUAGGGCGCAGUGUAUACAACAAGUGGUAUUUAUAAUAAAUCGUCCAUGAGUGUGUCUACGUACAUCUGGUGUAAGUGUUAGAUAAAAAAAUACAGUUGUGCCAAGCAUCGGUGUUACAUUCAGUCUUGAGAUCGCUCGUUUUCGACGCUCGACAAGUACUGUAAAAAUAAUACAUACAAAUAAAAGUAUUGUUCUC